GUCUCGACGUUAGCUGAUGGGUUUUGCCAAACCUGGAGCCUUUCAGAGCUCAGCUCCUGUCAAAUUUAGCACCAUUGCGACUUCAUUUACCGUUGUAUAUUCGUAACGAUGGCACAGUGGACAUACUUCGUUGAUGCUACUUUUUUCUCGUCUCCUUCUAUCAUUUAACGGACGGUCCCUCCUACAAUUAUGGAGUUUUGAAUCAGAGUGAGAUACUUUGGGGGUGGGGCACAGGGACCCUACCCUCGGGUUUGGUGAUUGAACAGUUGGAGGGUCUCUGGAUUGUUUGCGCCAUUGCCUUAUUUGUAAAGUAUUUAUAGAACUAUUUUUGCAGACAUUGAAACGUAUCUUUUGUAUUUUCCAUUUUCAACAUUUUGUAAUUCGAUAAUUGUGUUCAUGAUGCAGCUGAUUACUAAAGGCACUUUACCCUCUGUGGAAUCCUUGAUGGAGAUGGUGGACUGAGACUAGUCGCCUAAAGGCUCUGGGGUUGCUAGGGUGCAGUGGAACUUCAACACAAGCACAAUUCUAGCUCCCCAACCAUCUUUAUCUGCUGCUUCUUUAGUGAAUAAUUUUUGUUAUUGAGCUUAGUUGUGUUCAUCUAGACCAGUGUUUCUUUCAUUCAUGGGUGGUGGGUUUGUGUAGUGGAAAGGGUGAUAGGGUUUAAUAAUGGAUAUUAAAGGGGUAAAAAUGAGUCUGGCACAACCAGACUGCACCCCAAAAUGCCGCUCCCUGCAGCAUGCUGGCAAGAUGGUAGCGGCACUGACAAGAGGCUCAGAGGGUCAGCUGCGGUCAUUUUUGACAUCACACUGCUAUAAUUCGGGGUCUUUGCGCGAUGAGUUUGGCCGCACUGCUUUGCACCUGGCGGCUUCCUUGGGAAAGAAGGCCUUGCUGGAGUGGCUGCUGGAGAGCAAGAAUGCAGAUCUGACGGCUAAAGACAAAGAGUCUGGCUGGACUGCUCUGCACCGCAGCAUCUUUUAUGGGCAGAUCCACUGUCUUAUUUCUCUGGUCAAGCAUGGUGGACUCAUCACUACCCAGGACAAAGAAGGUCUCUCUGUCCUUGACCUGACAAUGAAGGACAGGCCAGCUCAUGUUUCAUUUAAAAACACAGAUCCAACUGAAGUGUACACAUGGGGAAACAAUGCAAAUUUCACUCUUGGCCACGGGAAUCAGGAGACGCGUCAGCACCCGGAGCUAGUCGACGUGUUUGCCCGGAGUGGAGUUUACAUCAAGCAGGUGGUCCUGUGUAAGUUCCACUCAGUGUUUCUCUCUCAAAAAGGCCAAGUGUACACUUGUGGGCAUGGACAAGGAGGACGUCUAGGCCAUGGAGACGAACAAACCUAUCUGGUUCCUCGAAUAGUCAAUGGUCUGAUGUCCCACCACUGUACUCAAGUGGCUGCAGCGAAGGACCACACUGUAGUUUUGACAGAAGAGGGUUAUGUUUACACUUUUGGUCUGAACAUGUUUCAUCAGCUUGGCCUAUCUCCUCCACCGGCCUCUGCACUAGUCCCGAAACAGGUUUUCUCCAAGGCACUGAAAGGCAGGAUGGUGAUUGGAGUUGCUGCAGGAAGGUUCCACACUGUGCUGUGGACCAAAGAGGCUGUUUAUACCAUGGGGCUUAAUGGGGGGCAACUUGGGUAUUUGUUGGACCCCAAUGGGGAGAAGUGUGUGACUGCACCGCGGCAGGUUUCAGCUCUGCACCACAAGGAUGUUAGCAUUGCUAUGGCUGCUGCUAGCAAUGGUGCAACUGUUGUUGUGACUGACAAGGGUGAUGUUUAUCUGCUGGUGGACUACCAGUGCAAGAAAAUGGCUUCAAGGCAACUCAAUAUCAAGAAAGUUCUGGUCAGUGGAGGCACCCUGGACCAUCGUGUGGAACCACAAUUUUUAAAUGAUGGUGGUGGGGAGAAGUUGUCCAUCUUGGCCUUGGAUGAAGCAGGAAGGGUGUUCUCCUGGCGCUCCUCGGGCAGCUCUGUGAGACAGUGCCGGUGGGCGUAUGGGCGUCAGGUUUUCAUGUCCGACAUUGCACUCAGCAAAAACGGCAUGAUGUUUGUGACUCAGGAGGGUGAGGGCUUCAGCGGCGUGUGGGCUGGGGAAUACAAGAAGAUCAGUGAAAAGAAAGAUAUUGGAGUGGAGGUUUGUGGCCAUUCAGAUGUUGGGACAGUGUUUGAGAGGAUCAAGCUGGAGAAACUUCCCUACGUCCACAGAGCAGUGAGCAUCACCACAGACUCCAAGGGACGCAAUUUUGGAGCACUUCAGUCAGACCCCAAAACAAGUCUAUAUGAGAUUCCCGGUGUUUCAGCGUCAACCUUCUCCCAGCAUUUUCGGAGGCUCUUGGAUGAGGCAGAUGAAACCGACAACAUCCAUGACGUCACACUUCAAGCUGGCAACCGCACGUUUGCCGCGCACAAAUACAUCCUAUCCAUGCGGUCGGAGUUCUUCCGAAAACUGUUCAUGUCUGAGGGGUGUGUUGUUGAUGAGGACGCUGACAAAGACGUUAAGAAAAGUGAAGAUGCGGUGGGCUGUGACUUGCUGAUAUUGGAGAAGAUCCCAGCGGACAUGCUGGAGUAUGCACUGCACUUCAUCUACACCGACUCCUGCGAGCUUCUGAUGCACGGCGCUCGGCCGACAGUUUCAGAGGUCAAGACUGGGCAAAUCCAGGAUUCAGGGCAGGAGAAGCUUAUCAGCAGCCUCCAGAACUUGAGCAUGAGAGGGCGCUCAGCGCUGGAAGUCUACCGCUCUCUUUCCCCCGCUAAUAAACAUGAAGCCAACAAUGCGAAGAGCAAGACCUCCAAACAGGGCAAGAAGGCAAAAGGAGGCAAGAGUGACAAGGCUGGGGCUCAUGGUGAUGGGCAAAACCCAGUGAAAACUUUGCAGAGCUUUGCCAAGAAGCUCAGCUUGGGCAACCUGUCUGCACGGCUGGAUGGGGUGAGAUACGAAGGUGGAAAGAUCAUUGUCGUGAACAAAAAAACUGGGAACAAGCUGAAAUUCAAUCAGAAAAAAUGCUCCUAUCUGUGUGAUGUCACGCUAAAAUCCGAAGAUGGCAAGGAGUUUCCAUGUCACAAGAGUGUCCUCUGUGCAAGACUAGAAUAUUUCCAUAGCAUGCUUGGAAACCCGUGGAUAGAGGCCACAUCUUGUACUGCACUUGAAAUGCCCACCAGCUCUGAGAUUCUGCAGGUCAUUCUGGAGUAUAUUUACACAGAUGAGUCUCCCUCCAUAAAAGAUUGUUCAAAUGUGGAGUUUGUCUGCAAUGUUCUGGUUGUCGCUGAUCAGCUCCUGAUCACACGUUUGAAAGAGAUGUGUGAAGUUGUCAUCACAGAGAAUUUGACUCUGAAAAAUGCAGCUGAGAUUCUAGAGUUUGCUACGAUGUACAACGCUGAGCAACUGAAACUGUCCUGUAUUCAGUUUAUAGUGCUCAACAUCACUGCCCUGUUGGAGUCAAAGGCCCUGGAUAUUCUUAGUGAUGAAGUGCUCAUGGAGCUUUCCAGUGCCUACAGGAGGAUGCAGCUGAUCCAUGAGGUCACAGUCUCCACGGACCAGCAGUCACAAACCUAUGGCUCACAAGGCUCUUGCAUGAUCCCAGCAAUGCAAAAAAGGGUGAUCACCCCAUACCCAGGUGCUCCUGACCUCAGUAUGUAUGAGGAAGAAGAGUUCGACUCUGCUUUCAGCACAAAACCUGAAGAACUGGACCACAGCUGCAGGGAGACGCUUCUGAAGAAGGCAAAGAUGAAGGCUAAAAAGAAACCAAGGCGACGAUCUGACAGCUCAGGAGGCUACACUCUGUCUGACAUCAUUCAGAGCCCCCCUCCUACUGUGGUUAUGCCAUGUCUGGUGAAGACAGUGGAAGCCAACUCUGCCGAGUCCCUACACGAGCUGCUCACUUCCGACUCCGAAGGCAGCUGCAUGGGAGUGGGCAGUCCUCGAGACAUGCAGUCGCCAGUGUUUCAUGACAGACCCGAGAACGGGAAGGCUCUCUCUCAAAGUUUAAAAAGCCCACCCAGUACCCCGACCUCCUUUAGUAAUGGUCUUCCAACACCCCCAAACUCUGCACCACGGAACAUCCCACUUCUUCAAAGACCUGUUCAGCCACCCCCAGUGUUGAAUCUGCGAACCAUUAUGGAUUUAGAAGCCACUUCUAUGCCGUCCCCUGGUGCAACCCCAAAAAACCUGGGAAGUUCUGUCACCAAACCCUCCCCUGUGUCGACAAAGCUGUCUCAGAAGCAGAGGAAGUUGCUGGCCAUGGCCCACAAGGAAGCUAGUAUGGACACCACAGUAUCCAAACCUGCCCACAUAGUCACCCCGACCAAGAGCAGCAAUGGAAAGGCCUGGGCCACCGCAGUUCAGUCCCCACCCUCCACUUGUUCGUUCCGGGCGCUGCUGGAGGAGGAGAACAGACUAAACACACAGCAGAGAGUUCAGAGGGGUCAGGGAGGUGCCCAAGUCUCUCCCACCACUGUCGCACCCACCAGUCGAAGAGUCGCUCACAAAUAUGAAGAAAGCGAGCAGGACAAGCCCAUAGGGCCGUGGCUGCUGGGAGCAGUAGGAAGCCCACCCCGCUCCUCCUUGGUGACCUUUGCGUCCAUUGUGGAGGAGGAAAAGCAGCAGGAAGCUGCGUUGAUCCGCAGUCGGGAGAAGCCACUGGCGCUCAUCCAGAUCGAAGAGCGAGCCAUCCAGGACCUUCUGCUCCAUUAUAAGGCGCGUGACAACCCAGAUGAGUUCAUCGCAGUGGAGAGAUCCUCCAGAGGUCCCAUGGCAGCCCCGACCUGGAACAAGCACUGAGGCUUGUUCAGCCGCUACAUACCAGCGGAGUGAGACCAUCUCCUUCAUGUCUCCCAGCGCUGUUCAGUUCCUCAUCCAUCCCACUGCGGGACAAGAUUAAGUCUCGGCUUGUUAUUUCGCUGCUCCAAGCUUUUUCAAACGUUAAAGUUUCUUAUCAGGGGAUUACUUUUUUGCUUAUUUUGGUGGGCUUGCAUUGUAAGCUAAUAAAUCCCAAGUAUUAAAAAAUGUGAAGUUGCCAAAGAAACAGGGGGAGAUCUCUGCAGGACUAUCACUUGUAGAGCCAGAGGAAAGGGUUCUGAAAUGAAGUGUGCCAACCGCCCACUGCUCUGUAUGUAGCUUCGUAACUCACCUGUUUACCAUCAACAUGGUCCUUUUCACUUCCUGUGAGUCGUCCAGAGUGGCAUGAAUCCACAUGUGAAUGUUAGGAAAUUGUGUGUUCAUGCAGUUUGAGUGGUCAUCUGGGUUGACUGUGUAAGCUAUGAAACUAAAGCCGUUUAUCUGUUGGUAGCAUGCAGCGGACAAUGAUAGGUCAAGUUUUUGGGAGCUGCGUAGUUUGGUUCUGCACCACGUCACUGUUUCCUGAUGAUUUGCGUGUACGGGAAAAAUGACCCAAGUGAAAAUGGCAUGCAUUAAAACGUCA